AAAGAAACUCAAAACACACAGGUAUUCAUGUAAUGGCGAAGAAAACGUAAGGUGAGAUGCGCCGUCCAGGUAGGUGGGAGUAAGUUUACCUGGCCUGGUGGUGAGCUGGACGUUGCAUCUGUCUUCAUAUUCCCGCGAUUUCCAGACCUACAGAUACCAAGAAGAAGGCCACGAAAAAGGGAAGAAAAGAGAAAAUGGGAGACUGAAAGAACAUGAACCUCCCAAACCUUUCCUUCAUCAUACCAGCAAUGAUCGGAAGGACCCACACAUCAGAAGGAGGAGGAGAGGGAGGGGCAGGAGGAGGCGAUGAAGGACGGAAAGAGGAACCAAGCAAAGGGAGAAAAGUGGAAUUAAAAGUGAAAAAGGAAACCAGAACGAGAAGGGAAAGGGGUUUAAUUAAGUGGAUGCAAUUAAAUGGGGUUAAAGCAGCUGGGUGGAAGGUGUGGGUGACGGGCCUGGGUAUCUACGCCCUCCUGACCCUCGUCCUCCUCCCCCCCUCCCCCUUGGACGAGGAAGUUUCUCUACGGCAGUGGGUGAAGGAGAACACGGCUGAAUUGCGCAAAGAGUACAAGGAGCGAGGGAAGUUAGCCCACACUGCCUGCGAGAACUACGAGGUGUACAUUGCGCAAGAUGAGUACAUUAGGAGAGCCGACCUGAACCCCAACAAGCUGCAGUACUCUGACUGGUUCACGCUGAAGAGAGUCAACUGGAACUCUAUGUACUAUGUGCCUGGCGAGGACAUGGUGUACUGCAAGGUGCCAAAGAGCGGUUCCUCAACGUGGGUCUAUAAUUUACUGAGAAUAGCUGGAGCGCCCGAGGACCAAAUCAACUCGGAUAUUGGACUGCAUCGCCUUCUUCGCGACUAUUACCCCAAGAUGCACACGAGCCACAUGAAGCGAGUGUUCAAGAAAAGCUUCAAAUUUGUGGUGGUUCGUCAUCCGUUCGAGCGUCUCCUGUCAGCUUACCGAGACAAGCUUGAGAACUACCAGAGGGAUCUUAUGUUCAGGGACGGCUACUACUACACAAUGUACGGUAAGAGCAUCGUUAAGCUGUACAGAGAUGAUGGAGACCGUAACUUAGUAAACAGAACGGAGCCUACAUGGAAAGAAUUUGUCAGGUACGUCAUUAACACACCGUCCUCCAAGUUUGACGAGCACUGGAGGCCAAUUUACAGCCUGUGCUCUCCUUGCGUGGUGAAGUAUGACGUGAUAGCCAAGAUGGAGACAUUUAGCGAGGACACGCAGUAUAUACUUAACCAGUUGGGCCUCGAGAACGUUCUUCAUGUUGAGUGGAUUCACAAAACUGCCAAGAACAAAACUUCAGAUGUCGCCCUCAAGUAUUACUCUCAGCUGACUGUCAACCAGGUGGAGCAGCUUUACGAGAAAUACCGCCUGGAUUUCGAUUUGUUUGGCUACGACUACGAAGACUACAAGGACAUGGCGGCCAGCUGAGUGUGUAUGUGUGUGUGUGUGUGUGUGUGUGUGUGUGUGUGUGUGUGUGUGUGUGUGUGUGUGUGUGUGUGUGUGUGUGUGUGUGUGUGUGUGUUGUUAUUGUUGUUGUGUGUGUGUGUGUGUGUGUGUGUUUAGUGUGUGUGUGUGUGUGUGUGUGUGUGUGUGUGUGUGUGUGUGUGUGUGUGUGUGUGUGUGUGUGUGUGUGUGUGUGUGUGUUCACCUGUAUACCAUAGUCACACUUUCCCCUUGCGUGCACAGAACACACACACAUAAAGCGCCGGUGCUGUUUUAAUAAAAUCCUAUGAAAAAAAAAAA